UUUUUUUUUUUUUUUUUUUUUUUUUUUGCGAUCAAAAUUUUGUUCUCGAGACCUUCACCCCUCUCCAAGUCCACAGCCAUUCGCAUACUCGCAGCUCCUGUUUUACCUUAGCUGUCUCCUUUGGUCCAUUUAUCUGGUAUAUUUACCUACAUUGUUUAGUAGUAUCCAUAUCUACAGCAUUCGGAAUUUACCAGAUCAUCCCACAUUCGUAAUUCACAAUGGCGCCGAUGGUAACUGGCAAAGAGCGCGAGUCUAAUCUCGCUCGGCUCCUCGGUUCAGGGUCCGCCGGUAUUUCCGAACUGGCUGUCUUUCAUCCCGUCGAUACUAUUGCAAAGCGAUUAAUGAGCAAUCAGACGAAGAUUAAGAAUGCCAGCGAGCUGAACAAGGUCAUCUUCAGGGAAACGGCAGAUGCCACCUUUGGGCGGAAAUUCUUCUCGCUCUUCCCCGGUCUUGGAUAUGCGGCAGGGUAUAAGGUCUUGCAGAGAAUAUACAAGUAUGGUGGUCAGCCAAUUGCCAGAGAUUAUCUUGCGAAACACUACGGGGGUGACUUUGAAAGUGCAUUCGGGAAGAAGACUGGCAAGGCGAUUAUGCAUUCAACUGCUGGAAGUCUGGUCGGUAUCGGCGAGAUCGUCUUACUUCCUCUAGAUGUUCUCAAGAUCAAGCGUCAAACUAACCCAGAGGCAUUCCGAGGACGAGGUGUCCUUAAGAUUGUCACGGACGAAGGUUUUGGGCUAUAUAGAGGUUGGGGAUGGACGGCGGCUCGGAAUGCCCCAGGAUCCUUCGCGCUCUUUGGUGGCUCCGCUUUCACCAAGGAAUAUCUCUUCCACUUGAAUGACUAUAAUAAGGCUUCGUGGUUCCAAAAUUUUAUCGCCUCUAUUGCCGGCGCCUCGGCAUCUCUACUUGUCUCGGCUCCCCUGGAUGUUAUCAAGACCCGUAUCCAGAAUCGAAACUUCGAGAACCCUGAGAGCGGCUUCCGAAUCUUAUCCAAUAUGGCCAAGAACGAAGGGUUGUCAAGUUUCUUCAAGGGCUUAGUACCCAAGCUCCUCAUGACGGGACCCAAGCUUGUAUUCUCCUUCUGGCUUGCCCAGACGCUCAUCCCAUUGUUCGACACGAUGAUGAAAUAGGGAGCUCUUCGAGUUGGUCAGACAACACACGAUGUGUGUUGGCUGCCUAGGUGUGUAAUGUAACGAUAGAUUCAAGGCGUCGAUGGUCCAUUGCUAUGUAUGUAUAUACGAACGAGCCGGCGUUUUCACGGGCAUGGACAAUGUCUCAUAGCACUGCGAGGGCGGGUUUCAAUCGGGUUGGACUUGUAUUAGACAUUUACGAAGACUUUCGACGGCCGGGUAGGUAAAUAGAAGGGUUCUGUUUACAUAUCUGCUACUUACCAAGGUACAUACCUACCAUAGCUAGGAUGAAAUGAAUUAAAAAAAAAACUCAACUCCAAUUAAAAUGUCCUUAGAAUUAGACGAUAUGUCCCUAAAUAUAUACAUAUACGCU